AUGGGUAUUCAGGCUCAGCAAGCACUGGCAUCCAGGGGUACUCAGGCUCAGCAAGCACUAGCAUCCAGGGGUACUCAGGCUCAGCAAGCACUGUCAUCCAGGGGUACUCAGGCUCAGCAAGCACCGGCAUCUAGGGGUAUUCAGGCUCAGCAAGCACUGGCAUUCAGGGUACUCAGGCUCAGUAAGCACUGGCAUCCAGGGGUACUCAGGCUUAGCAAUCACUGGCAUCCAGAGGUACUCAGGCUCAGCAAGCACUGUCACCCAGGGGUACUCAGGCUCAGCAAGCACUGGCAUUCAGGGUACUCAGGCUCAGUAAGCACUGGCAUCCAGGGGUACUCGGGCUCAGCAAGCCCUGGCAUCCAGGGGUAUUCAGGCUCAGCAAGCACUGACAUCAUGGGGUACUCAGGCUCAGCCAGCACUAGCAUCCAGGGGUACUCAGGCUCAGCAAGCACUGGCAUCCAGAGUUACUCAGGCUCAGCCAGCACUGGCAUCCAUGGGUACUCGGGCUCAAUAAGCACUGGCAUCCAGGGGUACUUAGACUCAGCAAGCACUGGCAUCCAGGGAUACUCAGGCUCAGCAAACACUGGCAUCCGGGGGUACUCAGGCUCAGCAAGAACUGGCAACCAGGGAUACUCUGGCUCAGUAAGCACUGGCAUCAAGGGGUACUCAGGCUCAGCAAGCACUGACAUCCAGGGGUACUCAGGCUCAGCAAGCACUGGCAUCAAUGGACACUCGGGCUCAGUAAGCACUGGCAUCCAGGGGUACUCAGGCUCCGAUCCAGGGAUACUCAGGCUCAGCAAACACUGGCAUCCGGGGGUACUCAGGCUCAGCAAGAACUGGCAACCAGGGAUACUCUCGCUCAGUAAGCACUGGCAUCAAGGGGUACUCAGGCUCAGCAAGCACUGA